AUGGCUAGUGUAUCCUAUCAAAUAGCUAAUCUUCUAGAGAAGAUGACAUCAAACGACAAAGACUUUAGAUUUAUGGCUACAAAUGAUUUAAUGACUGAGCUGCAAAAAGACAGUAUAAAGCUCGAUGAUGAUUCGGAAAGAAAAGUUGUAAAAAUGCUACUACGUUUACUUGAAGACAAGAAUGGAGAAGUUCAAAAUUUAGCUGUGAAGUGUCUUGGACCACUUGUAAACAAGGUGAAGGAGUUUCAGGUAGAAGGAAUUGUAGAGACUCUUUGCACAAACAUGUUGUCAGAUACAGAGCAAUUGAGAGACAUAAGUAGCAUUGGAUUAAAAACAGUAAUAUCUGAACUUCCACUUGGAUCUAAUACCCUAGCUGCAAAUGUGUGUAAGAAAAUUACAGGAAAAUUAAGUAGUGCUAUAGAAAAGCAAGAAGAUGUGUCAGUUCAGCUAGAAGCCCUGGACAUACUAGCUGAUUUAUUAAGUAGAUUUGGAAGUCUACUGAUAUCCUUUCAUCCAGUGUUAUUAAAUUCUCUUCUGCCUCAACUUUCAUCUCCUCGACAGGCUGUUCGUAAGCGCACUAUAGUGGCACUGUCACAUUUGGUGAUGUCAUGCAACUCAUCGUUAUAUAGUAAACUUAUUGAUCACUUGUUAGAGGGUCUGAGUUCAUCAACAUCGGCUAGUGUCACACGCACCCAUAUACAGUGUAUCGCAUCUGUAUGUCGUCAAGCAGGCCACAGAUUUGGUGAGCAUCUUUGGCGUGUAGCUCCAUAUGUACUGCAGCGUUCCUCUGACGAUGAUGACGAAUUGCGUGAGCAUUGUUUGCAGGCACUUGAAGCAUUUGUGCUUAAAUGUCCUAAAGAAGUACAACCACAUAUUCCUGUUAUUACUGACUUAUGCUUGCUGAUGAUGACAUACGACCCCAACUACAAUUAUGAGGAUGAAGAAGAGGGUGGGGGUGGUGAAGAUGAAGAAAUGGAGGAUGAAUCAAUUGAACCAGAUGCAGAUGCCGAAUCUGACUCCGAAGAAUACUCAGAUGAUGAUGACAUGUCUUGGAAAGUACGUCGUGCAGCAGCUAAAUGUCUGGAGUCAGUAAUUGCCACACGGCAUGAGCUUUUAGCUGAAAUGUAUCAAAAAGUGUCUCCUGCAUUGAUUGAGAGAUUUAAAGAACGUGAGGAAAAUGUAAAGUGCGAUAUACUAAGUGCUUACACUGCCCUCCUGAGAGCGACUCGUCCACCACCAGCAUUACAAAUGCCCAUAGCCCCUACCGAGGAUUCACCACAAGCUUUGCUUUUGCAAAGGGUGUCCGGGGUGGUGCGCGGUGCGUUGCGCGUGAUUCGCGGGCGGAGCGUCCGCGCGCGCGGUUGUGCGCUUGCCUUACUUCGCGAGCUGCUCGCCGCGGCGCCCGGCUGCCUCGCGGACCACGCCGCGCGCGUCAUUCGCGCUCUCACUCCGGCACUCACCGACAAGGGUACUGCGUCGUCCAUGAAGAUUGAGACGCUGGUGUUCAUAGUGUGCCUCGUGCGCGGUCACCCGGCUGAGACCAUGCGUCCGCACGUUGCCGCUCUCAUGCCCGCCGUCCUGGCCAGCGUACACGACCCCUUUUACAAGGUCACAGCUGAGGCGCUCAGGGUUCUACAGACCCUAGUCAAAGUUAUGCGCCCCUUAGACAACGCCGACAACAUUGGCGACGAGGCACAGCUGGGGGAGCCGCCCCGGGAGCUGGCGCAGUUCAUCCCGGCCAUGUACGAGUGCACGCUGGUGCGCCUCCGGGCCACCGACAUGGACCAGGAGGUUAAAGAGCGCGCGAUCGCCGCCUGUGGGCAGUUGCUGUGCCACUUCGGCGACUACUUGGAGGACGAACUUCCUGUGUGUUUGCCGAUACUGUUGGAACGGUUACGUAAUGAGAUAACACGUCUAACCACUGUGAAGGCUUUGACUAAAGUAGCCGCUUCCCCUCUCCGCAUUGAUCUGAAACCUAUUUUGUCUGAUGCCGUCCCCAUCUUAGGCUCAUUUUUAAGGAAAAAUCAGCGCGCCCUGAAGUUGUCGACUUUAGUUUUAUUGGAUACGCUGGUUCAAAACUACAGCGAUGAUAUAAGCAUUGAACUGCUUAGUAAGGUACUGAUGGAGGUGCCCGCGCUGGUGUGCGAGUCGGACCUGCACUGCGCGCAGACGGCGCUGACGUUGGUGCGCGGCGCCUGCCUGCGAUGCCCCGCCGCGCUCACGCAGGACGCGCGCAACGCGCUCACUCCCAACAUCCUCGCACUCGCCAAGUCCCCCCUUCUGCAAGGCGGGGCGCUGAAGGCGAUGCUGGGCGUGCUCAGUGCGCUGGUGUCGGCGGACGUGGCGGGAUGCUCGCGCCGCGAGCUCUUGGCGCUGCUGGUGGCGCCGGUGCACCGCGUGCACGAGCACAACGCCUCCGCCCACCACAUCAAACAGGCGUUCCACUCGUUGGCGAAGUGCGUGGCGGCCGUGGUGGUGGAGGGUGGGUCGGACGCGCUGGACGUGGUGCGCGGCUUCAUGCGCGACGCGGCCCAUCCCCCCUCCGACGCCCAGCACAUGUUCGCGCUGCUCGCGCUCGCCGAGAUCGGCCGCCGCCUAGAUUUAAGCGGAAUACCUAAUCUCAAGGAGGUUCUGUUGAACUCGUUCACACCGUCAUCGGAGGAGGUGAAGUCGGCAGCAAGCUACGCUCUCGGCUCUGUGGCUGUGGGCAACUUGCCCGAGUUCCUGCCUUUCAUACUGGGAGAGAUAGAAGCACAGCCCAAGCGGCAGUACUUAUUGCUGCACUCUCUCAGAGAGAUAAUUUCAUGUGAAUCUUGCACGCCUGAAGGUAUAGAGGCGUUGAGGCCGUUCAUACCCGAAAUUUGGGUUCAAUUAUCGAAACAUUGCCAAUGCGCGGAGGAAGGAUCUCGUAAUGUUGUGGCUGAAUGUUUGGGUAAAUUAUGCCUAUCAGCCGCAGGCGAUCGACCCGCUGCUGCGCGCGUGCAUGUCGGAGCUGCUGGUGCCGCUGCGCGACUCGGAGCUGGGCGUGCGGCGCGUGGCCUUGGUGGCGUUCAACUCGGCCGCGCACAACAAGCCCUCGCUGGUGCGCGACCUGCUGCCCGCGCUGCUGCCCACCAUCUACCAGGAGACCAAGGUCAAGGUGCGCACGCCCCCACUUUAAUAGUAUUGUUCAAUCUGCCAGGAGACCAAGGUCAAGGUGCGCACGCCCCCACUUUAAUAGUAUUGUUCAAUCUACCAGGAGACCAAGGUCAAGGUGCGCACGCCCCCACUUUAAUAGUAUUGUUCAAUCUACCAGGAGACCAAGGUCAAGGUGCGCACGCCCCCACUUUAAUAGUAUUGUUCAAUCUACCAGGAGACAAAGGUCAAGGUGCGCACGCCCCCACUUUAAUAGUAUUGUUCAAUCUGCCAGGAGACCAAGGUCAAGGUGCGCACGCCCCCACUUUAAUAGUAUUGUUCAAUCUACCAGGAGACCAAGGUCAAGGUGCGCACGCCCCCACUUUAAUAGUAUUGUUCAAUCUGCCAGGAGACCAAGGUCAAGGUGCGCACGCCCCCACUUUAAUAGUAUUGUUCAAUCUACCAGGAGACCAAGGUCAAGGUGCGCACGCCCCCACUUUAAUAGUAUUGUUCAAUCUACCAGGAGACAAAGGUCAAGGUGCGCACGCCCCCACUUUAAUAGUAUUGUUCAAUCUACCAGGAGACCAAGGUCAAGGUGCGCACGCCCCCACUUUAAUAGUAUUGUUCAAUCUACCAGGAGACCAAGGUCAAGGUGCGCACGCCCCCACUUUAAUAGUAUUGUUCAAUCUGCAAGGAGACCAAGGUCAAGGUGCGCACGCCCCCACUUUAAUAGUAUUGUUCAAUCUACCAGGAGACCAAGGUCAAGGUGCGCACGCCCCCACUUUAAUAGUAUUGUUCAAUCUACCAGGAGACCAAGGUCAAGGUGCGCACGCCCCCACUUUAAUAGUAUUGUUCAAUCUGCCAGGAGACCAAGGUCAAGGCGCGCACGCCCCCACUUUAAUAGUAUUGUUCAAUCUACCAGGAGGCCAAGGUCAAGGUGCGCACGCCCCCACUUUAAUAGUAUUGUUCAAUCUACCAGGAGACAAAGGUCAAGGUGCGCACGCCCCCACUUUAAUAGUAUUGUUCAAUCUACCAGGAGACCAAGGUCAAGGUGCGCACGCCCCCACUUUAAUAGUAUUGUUCAAUCUACCAGGAGACCAAGGUCAAGGUGCGCACGCCCCCACUUUAAUAGUAUUGUUCAAUCUACCAGGAGACCAAGGUCAAGGUGCGCACGCCCCCACUUUAAUAGUAUUGUUCAAUCUGCCAGGAGACCAAGGUCAAGGUGCGCACGCCCCCACUUUAAUAGUUUUGUUCAAUCUACCAGGAGACCAAGGUCAAGGUGCGCACGCCCCCACUUUAAUAGUAUUGUUCAAUCUGCCAGGAGACCAAGGUCAAGGCGCGCACGCCCCCACUUUAAUAGUAUUGUUCAAUCUACCAGGAGGCCAAGGUCAAGGUGCGCACGCCCCCACUUUAAUAGUAUUGUUCAAUCUACCAGGAGACAAAGGUCAAGGUGCGCACGCCCCCACUUUAAUAGUAUUGUUCAAUCUACCAGGAGACCAAGGUCAAGGUGCGCACGCCCCCACUUUAAUAGUAUUGUUCAAUCUACCAGGAGACCAAGGUCAAGGUGCGCACGCCCCCACUUUAAUAGUAUUGUUCAAUCUGCCAGGAGACCAAGGUCAAGGUGCGCACGCCCCCACUUUAAUAGUAUUGUUCAAUCUACCAGGAGACCAAGGUCAAGGUGCGCACGCCCCCACUUUAAUAGUUUUGUUCAAUCUGCCAGGAGACCAAGGUCAAGGUGCGCACGCCCCCACUUUAAUAGUAUUGUUCAAUCUGCCAGGAGACCAAGGUCAAGGCGCGCACGCCCCCACUUUAAUAGUAUUGUUCAAUCUACCAGGAGACCAAGGUCAAGGUGCGCACGCCCCCACUUUAAUAGUAUUGUUCAAUCUACCAGGAGACCGAGGUCAAGGUCUUAAUUAUUACUUGAAUAGUAUUAUUUUAUUCUUCACUGUUGCACCUUGUAUAGUAGGCCGCCUUGAUGCC